AUGGGCAAGACUGGAAUCAAUCUGUUCGACGAUACGAGGAAUGGGUUUUUCUCAGUUUCCGAUUUGGGAUCCGAUUUGAGCCUACAGAGCCAAAGCUACCGUCCAAUUGGCGGAUUGUUCGCGAGUGUUAAUCAAUUAGGAGCUGGAUUCGGGUCAGGACUCGGGUCCGGAUCUAUUUCGGAUCCUCCAAACAGAGCCAACAAUAGCUUCGCUGCUCAGCUCAACGAUCUAUGCACAAAGUACUUACCUUUCAGAGAGGAAGUGGAGGAACUGGAAGAAGUGAUUGGUGAGACGAAGCUGAAGAAGAAGAAGAAAGGAGGGUUGAAAUUGAAGCUUAAGAUCGCCAAUCCUUCGUUACGGCGGCUGUUGAGCGGAGCUGUGGCCGGAGCUAUUUCGAGGACGGCGGUUGCUCCUUUGGAGACCAUUAGGACUCAUCUAAUGGUCGGAAGCGGUGGAGAUUCCACCACUGAAGUCUUCCGUGACAUCAUGAAGCAUGAAGGAUGGAAAGGUCUCUUUAGGGGUAAUUUGGUCAAUGUCAUUCGUGUUGCACCUGCUCGUGCCGUUGAGCUUUUUGUAUUCGAGACGGUUAACAAAAAGUUGACUCCAAAGCUCGGAGAAGAUUCAAAGAUUCCCAUACCGGCUUCAUUGCUCGCCGGAGCCUGUGCUGGUGUUAGCCAGACCCUCUUGACAUACCCUCUCGAACUAGUCAAGACCCGCCUUACAAUUCAGAGAGGUGUGUACAAGGGAAUAUUGGAUGCGUUUGUCAAGAUAAUAAAGGAGGAAGGCCCUACAGAGCUUUACAGGGGUCUUGCACCGAGUCUUAUAGGAGUGGUUCCAUACGCGGCGACAAACUACUUCGCCUAUGACUCUUUAAGAAAAGCAUACCGAAAGGUUGCAAAGAAGGAGAACAUCGGGAACAUCGAGACUCUGUUGAUAGGUUCUUUAGCUGGUGCGUUAUCGAGUACCGCGACUUUCCCCUUGGAGGUAGCUCGGAAGCAUAUGCAGGUGGGAGCAGUUGGUGGGAGGGUGGUUUACAAGAACAUGUUGCACGCUUUGAUUCAAAUACUUGAGAAAGAAGGUCUUGCAGGUUGGUACAGAGGGCUUGGACCGAGUUGCUUGAAGCUGGUUCCUGCUGCUGGAAUCUCCUUCAUGUGUUACGAGGCGUGCAAGAAGAUACUCGUUGAGAACAACAUCAACAGCGAGGAAGCUUGA